ACCGCAUUGCGCUGAUUAGCUUCCGCGAGGAGAAAUAUCCCACCCGGCUCAGGAGAUUGAUAUUGAGCAAGAAUAAAAUAGAAUGUGGGCAGCCGACCGACAUGCCAUUUUGUGCACUGGACAUCGAGUUCCACCCGAGUCAAGCGCAGAGUUGCUGGGCGCGAAAUGAUAAUACGCUUCAAAAGCAACUAGUAAUUGACACCUAGAGACCAAAUAAUGGAGUAAUGGAACAGAAAUGACAAGCUUUGAGGCGUCAGGUUUGUCCGCUAAAUCAGUUAUUAGAAAUUAUAUUCACAUUACUUCAAAAUAGAGGUUCUCGGACAUUCACGGAGCAAUCGCAACAAAAAAGGCAUUAUAUGAGGGAGUUCUGCAAACAUUGGCGCAACAAUGAAGUUCCAGUGGGCCUGUGAAGACACCGCUGAGUACAUCUGUAUCAUCACACACUUCAAUGGAAAGCCAGCGAACCUUAGUGCAUCAGACACCGCAUCAAGCGACCUGACGGGGAUACAGUUUAGACAUCUCGACAUCGCAACGGUCGAUAGCACUAUCAUCAAGCACUUUCCAGCCUCCGUAGAGUCUUUACUAAUCACCGACUCAAGCACGUUGCAGAGGAUCGCUUUACCAGCCAACUGCACGCUUCAACGGCUGGUCGUCAUGAAAACGCUGCUCAGUUCGCUGGAGUUCCAGCCCAACGAUGCCCUCCAUGUGCUGACGAUCGUAGCGAGCAAGCUGCAGCAGAUACCGGCCUCGAUAUAUCAUCUGCAAAACCUGGCAGUUAUCAAGCUACAGCAAUCCUUCAUCCAGCACUUGGACCUGGACUUGCUGGACUGGUUACGACAGAUGGAGACGAUAGUGCUUUCGCAUAACAAGAUCCGAACCAUCACGAGCACACUAGCCGGGAGUGAGCGGCGAAAGCUGCGCUUGCUGAAUCUCAACAACAAUCAGCUUAGAAUCAUUAAUCUCGAGGUACUUGCGCCUCUGGCGUGGUUCGAGCAUGUCGAUCUGUCGCACAACAAAAUAGAGCUGCUCGUGGGUCGAUACGAUGGUGAGAUUCUCUCCAGCCUUCUGCUCUCGCACAAUCGUCUAAAAACGCUGGACUUUUGCCAGUGGAAACCGAUUCCAACCUUCCGACUGCUAUCGCUCGAAUCGAAUGAGCUUUCCCGGGUCCCUAGCUGCAUGCAUCACAUGCCGAACCUUUCCUACAUCAGCAUCAGCCACAACAAGCUGACGAGCGUUAGUAUGGACGCGUUCGGUGAUAUGGACAAUCUAACGAGGCUGGAUUUGGCGGGCAAUCAAAUAUCGCUGAUCACAUUUCACGAGCAAAAGCAUCCGAAGGGAUUGGUGGAGCUGAUUUUGAAACAAAACAAGGUAGAGUGUAAUACCUACCCGCGCGAAAUACCCUUCUGUCCGCUGGACAUUGAGUUUCUCCCUAGCUCGCCCGACAGCGCUUGGCAACGGAACGAUAAUGCCUUGCAAAGGCAGCUAAUGAUCACUACGGGAUGAAAUAAAAUGUACGAUUGCAGCAAACA